GGCUCCUGCUCCGGCUUCAGCUCCUGCUCCCGCCGGACGCCGCGGGCGGCGCGCUGGGGUGCAGGGCCCCGGGUCCCGGCCCGCCUCAGGGACGCCGGCGCCGGGCGACGCCGCAGCAUGAGGCGGAGGUUAAGGUGACAGUGUUGGGCGGUCUGCAGCCACCCCACUGCUCCCUGUGUUGGGGGUGCUAAGAGUGGGGAAGCAUGGAGGAGAGUAAGCAGGAGACGGUGAACCCGGCCCACAUCCUCUUUGACCGGUUCGUCCAAGCUACCACGUGCAAGGGAACGCUCAAGGCCUUCCAAGAGCUCUGCGACCACCUGGAGCUGAAGCCUAAGGACUACCGCUCCUUCUACCACAAGCUCAAGUCCAAACUCAACUACUGGAAGGCCAAAGCCCUCUGGGCAAAGUUGGACAAACGGGGCAGUCACAAAGACUACAAAAAGGGAAAAGCAUGCACUAACACCAAGUGUCUCAUCAUUGGAGCUGGCCCCUGUGGUCUCCGCACAGCCAUUGACUUGUCUUUAUUGGGAGCCAAGGUCGUUGUUAUUGAGAAGCGAGAUGCUUUUUCCCGGAACAAUGUCCUGCAUCUCUGGCCCUUCACCAUACAUGAUCUGCGAGGUCUGGGUGCCAAAAAGUUCUAUGGCAAGUUCUGUGCUGGAGCCAUCGACCAUAUCAGUAUCCGUCAGCUCCAGCUAAUACUUUUGAAAGUAGCUUUGAUCUUGGGCAUUGAAAUCCAUGUCAAUGUGGAAUUCCAAGGACUGGUACACCCUCCUGAGGACCAAGAGAAUGAACGGAUAGGUUGGCGAGCACUAGUGCACCCCAAAACUCAUCCUGUGUCUGAGUUUGAAUUUGAAGUGAUCAUCGGUGGAGAUGGCCGUAGGAACACCUUGGAAGGUUUUCGUCGAAAAGAAUUCCGUGGCAAACUAGCAAUUGCCAUUACAGCAAAUUUUAUUAAUCGAAAUACAACUGCAGAAGCCAAAGUGGAAGAGAUUAGUGGCGUGGCCUUUAUAUUCAACCAAAAGUUUUUCCAGGAAUUGCGAGAAGCCACAGGUAUUGACUUGGAGAACAUCGUUUACUACAAAGAUGACACGCACUAUUUCGUUAUGACAGCCAAAAAGCAGAGUUUACUGGACAAAGGCGUGAUAUUGCAUGACUACGCAGACACCGAACUCUUGCUUUCCCGGGAGAAUGUGGACCAAGAGGCCCUGCUGAACUACGCCCGGGAGGCAGCAGAUUUCUCCACUCAGCAGCAGCUUCCCUCUCUGGACUUUGCCAUCAAUCACUACGGGCAGCCCGAUGUGGCCAUGUUUGAUUUCACAUGCAUGUACGCCUCUGAGAAUGCUGCUUUGGUACGGGAGCAGAACGGGCACCAGUUACUAGUGGCUCUGGUUGGGGACAGCCUCCUAGAGCCUUUCUGGCCAAUGGGAACAGGAAUAGCACGAGGCUUCCUCGCUGCUAUGGACUCUGCCUGGAUGGUACGAAGUUGGUCUCUGGGAGCCAGCCCCCUGGAAGUCCUGGCAGAGAGGGAAAGCAUUUACAGGUUGCUGCCUCAGACCACCCCUGAGAAUGUGAGCAAAAAUUUCAGCCAAUACAGCAUCAACCCUAUCACAAGGUAUCCCAAUAUUAACGUCAACUUCCUCCGGCCAAGCCAGGUGCGCCAUUUAUUUGAUACUGGAGAAACAAAGGAUAUUCAUCUGGAAAUGGAGAACCUAGUGAAUUCCCGAACUACCCCAAAGUUGACCCGCAAUGAGUCUGUAGCUCGUUCAAGCAAACUGCUGGGUUGGUGCCAAAGGCAGACAGAUGGUUACGCAGGAGUAAAUGUGACAGAUCUUACCAUGUCUUGGAAAAGUGGCCUGGCCCUGUGUGCAAUUAUCCACAGAUACCGCCCUGAUCUAAUAGAUUUUGAUUCUUUGGAUGAGCAAAAUGUGGAGAAGAAUAACCAACUGGCCUUUGAUAUUGCCGAGAAGGAACUGGGCAUUUCUCCCAUCAUGACAGGCAAAGACAUGGCCUCGGUGGGGGAGCCUGACAAAUUGUCCAUGGUGAUGUACCUGACUCAGUUCUACGAGAUGUUCAAGGACUCACUGUCCUCCAGUGACACCUUGGACCUGAAUGCUGAGGAGAAGGCAGUCUUGAUUGCCAGCACCAAGUCCCCCAUCUCCUUCCUGAGCAAACUCGGGCAGACCAUCUCUCGGAAGCGUUCUCCCAAGGAUAAGAAAGAAAAGGAUUUGGAUGGAGCUGGAAAGAGGAGAAAGACUAGUCAAUCAGAGGAGGAAGAGGUUUCCAGGGGCUACAGAGGAGAAAGACCAACACUGGUGAGCACUCUGACGGACAGGAGGAUGGAUGUUACUGUUGGGAACCAAAACAAAGUGAAAUACAUGGCAACCCAGCUACUGGCCAAAUUUGAAGAGAAUGCACCUGCCCAGUCCACUGCCAUAAGGAGGCAGCCAACACAAGAGCGUGGGGUCAGCCAGCCGUUCUGCCGCCUGCCUGAGCAGGGUCACCCUGCUCCCAUCCCCCAGUGGAAACAGCGACGGGAAAAGGAGCAUUCUCGGACCUGUCCCAAAAAAGUGAUCACACUGUCUCCUUCCCCUACUCCACCUCCCUACCAGGCGCACAGUGGCCAGCAGACAUGCAGGGAUCUUGAUGCUGACAGCCGUGGCAAGCAGAGUCCCCGCCAUGAGAGGCCAGAGCCUGAACCUGCUCGUCGAUUUUUUGUUGACCAGUGGGAACUUUCUCUUAGUCUCCGUUCCUCCAACCGCCCCGCCUCUCCCUCCUCAGACUCACUCCGACAGAAGUAUAUAAAGAUGUACACGGGCGGAGUGAGCUCAUUGGCUGAGCAGAUAGCCAAUCAGCUGCAAAGGAAAGAGCAGCCCAAAGCCCUUCUAGACAAGAAGGAACUGGGCUCCAUGAAGAAGGAGUUCCCGCAGAACCUCGGGGGCAGCGACACUUGCUAUUUCUGCCGGAAGCGGGUCUAUGUGAUGGAGAGGCUUAGUGCUGAGGGCAAGUUCUUCCACCGGAGCUGCUUCAAGUGCGAGUACUGUGCCACCACCCUGCGCCUCUCAGCAUAUGCCUACGACAUUGAGGACGGUAAAUUCUACUGUAAACCACACUACUGUUACCGACUCUCUGGCUACGCACAAAGGAAGAGGCCAACAGUGGCUCCUCUGCCUGGAAAGGAAGCCAAAGGACUCCUGCAGGAUGGCCCCACUGCAGACACAAAUGGACGGGCCAGCACCAUUGCCAGCUCAGCCGAGAGAACUUCAGGUUCCAGUGUGAAUGGCCUGGAGGAGCCCAGCGUCGCCAAGAGGCUGAGGGGCACUCCGGAGAGGAUUGAGCUGGAGAACUACCGGCGGUCUGUGAAGCGGGCAGAGGAGCUGGAGGAGGUGCCUGAGGAGACACAGGCUGAGCACAACCUGAGCAGCGUACUGGACAAGGGCACCGAGGAGGAUGUGGCCAGCAGCAGUUCCGAGUCAGAGAUGGAGGAGGAGGAGGAAGAGGAGGAGGAGGAGGAGGAGGACCAGCUGCCCACCUCUGACCUGGGCGGGGUUCCUUGGAAGGAGGCUGUGCGGAUCCACGCCCUUCUGAAAGGAAGGAGUGAAGAAGAGCUGGAGGCCUCCAAGAGCUUUGAGCCUGGGGAAGAGGAGGAAGAAGAGGAAGAAUAUGAAGAAGAGGAGGAGGAGGAGGAGGAGGAGGAGGAGGAGGAAGCAUCCAGUGAAGCUGGGAACCACAGGCUACAGCAAAUCAUAAAUCCAGCGGAUCCCUUGGCGAUCCAGGCCGAUGUGCACUGGACACACAUUCGUGAGAAAGAGGAGGAGGAGAGGAUGGUCCCGACCUCCGAGUCCUCCACUUCUAGAGUCCCAUUGCAUGAGGAUGACCUGGAGGAAGAUGAGGACUCAGAACCGGCUGAGAUAGAAGGGGAGGCAGCAGAGGAUGGGGACCCGGGGGACACUGGUGCUGAGCUGGACGAUGAUCAGCACUGGUCUGACGACAUCCCAUCAGAUGCUGAAACAGAGCUUCGCUUGCAGCGCCAGGCUGAAGUGGAAGCAGACCUAGAGCUGAGGGUAUCAGAAAAUGAGGAGGAAGAACCUCCUGCUUUACCGAAGUGGCAGGAGAGAGGUCCCUCCCAGGCCUCCAGCCCCAUCCGGUCCCCUCAGGAACAAGCUGUUCUCUUCACCCCAGCCCACAGCCCCAUGACAGAGGGGCCCCAAAUCCCACUUCUCUCUGUCACCACCAAGGUAAAAUCCCCUGAGGAGCACCUCUUUGAACCUCUACUCCCCCAAGAGAAGCCCAAAGCUGAAUCCCCCACGGAUCAGAAAGCUGCAUACUCUCCCAUCCGAUCACAGCCAGUGGCUCUGCCGGAAGCCAGGACACCUACCUCACCAAUCAGCUCACACCUCGUGUCACCCAUAGCCCCCUCUGUACCCGCUUCCACUCAGCUCCCCAUUUGCUCCCAGCCUCGGCCUUCCUCUGAGACCACCAUCCCAUCGCCCACUGAGUCCCCCAUUCGCUUCCAACCCGUUCCAGCAAAAACAUCCACCCCCCUGGCUCCCCUCCCCAUGAAGAGCCAAGGUGACCCCACGGACAAGCUGGGCAGCCCCCUUGUAGUGGAUGAAGCUCUGAAACGGAGCGACCUGGUGGAGGAGUUCUGGAUGAAGAGCGCCGAGAUCCGCCGCAGCCUGGGGCUCACUCCUCUGCAGCGGAACAAGGGGCCCGAGCCCAGCUUCCCUUCGCCUGCCAUCAAACCAUUGUCCCUAAAAUCCUACUCAGUUGAGAAGUCCCCUCAGGACGAGGGGCUCCGUCUUCUGAAACCUCCACCUGUUCCCAAAAGGCUGGGCCUGCCAAAGUCGGACGGUGAGCAGCUCUCCCUGCCGACUCCCAAGUCACCGCCUGACAGAGAACUGAGAAGCUCCCAAGAGGAGCGCAGGGACCUAUCCAGCAGCUCUGGCCUGGGCCUCCACGGCAGCUCCUCCAACAUGAAGACCUUGGGCAGCCAGAGUUUCAACACCUCAGACUCCACCAUGCUCACGCCACCCUCCAGCCCGCCCCCGCCCCCACCCCCUGACGAGGAGCCCGCCACCCUUCGAAGGAAGCCAGAGCACAGGGAGGCGGAGCCCAAGGCCUCUGUCAUCCCACCUCCCCCACCCACCUUCCUGCGGCCCCCUCGAGAGCCUGCCCAGCCCCCCAGGGAGGAGGUGCGGAAGUCGUUCGUGGAGAGCGUAGAUGAAAUCCCCUAUGCUGACGACGUGGAGGACACGUACGAUGACAAGACGGAGGACUCGAGUCUGCAGGACAAGUUCUUCACACCCCCCUCCCGCUGGUCCUGCCCGGAGAGGCCCCUCCGCCCGCCCCCAGCCAAGGAGAACGGGAGGCUGCCUGCUCUGGAGGGCAGCGUCCAGCCACAGAAGAGGGGGCUGCCCUGGGUCUCCCCAGAAGCCAAGGAGCUGGCCGAGGAGCGCAUGCGAGCCCGGGAGAAGUCUGUGAAAAGCCAGGCGCUGAGAGACGCCAUGGCCAAGCAGCUGAGCCGGAUGCAGGAGAUGGAGAUGGCGGCCGGGGCUUCCAGGUCCCGCAAGGUGUCCUCAGUGCCCUCCCAGGGCAAAGAACUCGGGCCUGAGUCUCCCAGACGCCCAGGUCUCAGAGGCUCCGAGGAGCCCACCCUGAAGCACGAAGCCACCAGUGAGGAGGUCCUGUCGCCCCCCUCGGACUCAGGGGGCCCGGAUGGUUCUGUCACCUCCUCUGAGGGCUCCAGUGGGAAGAGCAAAAAGAGGUCAUCCCUCUUCUCUCCCUGCAGAAACAAAAAAGAGAAAAAGUCCAAAGGGGAGGGCCGGCCCCCAGAGAAAGCCAGCCCCAGCCUCCUGGAAGAGGUGGCGGCCAAGCCCAAGUCCUUGUGGAAGUCCGUCUUCUCUGGGUACAAGAAGGACAAGAAGAAGAAGGCCGACGAGAAGUCGUGCUCCAGCACCCCGUCCAGCGGCGCCACCGUGGACUCUGGCAGGCACAGGAUGUCUCCUAUCGUGAGAGCAGAGCUGCAGCUACGGCGCCAGCUGAGUUUCUCAGAGGACUCGGACCUCUCCAGUGACGACAUCCUCGAGAGGACCUCCCAGAAGUCCAAGCGAGAGUCGAUUUAUGUACCACACGCCUUGGCAUUCAGGAGACCCCAUUCAUCAAAGCCAAGAACCUACACAGAGGAGGAGCUGAAUGCCAAGCUGACCCGGCGCGUGCAAAAGGCAGCUCGGAGACAGGCCAAGCAGGAGGAGCUCAAGCGGCUGCACCGAGCCCAGAUCAUCCAACGGCAGCUGGAGCAGGUGGAGGAAAAGCAGAGGCAGCUGGAGGAGAGAGGGGUUGCAGUGGAGAAGGCACUCCGGGGAGAAGCAGUUGAGCCCAGUGGCGGGACUCCACGGCGUAGACCUCUCUCCUUCUGCCCUUGCUGUGUCCAGGAAGGCAUGGGCAAGAAAGAUGAUCCCAAGCUGAUGCAGGAGUGGUUCAAGCUGGUGCAAGAGAAAAAUGCUAUGGUCCGCUACGAGUCAGAGCUGAUGAUUUUUGCCCGGGAGCUGGAGCUGGAGGACCGGCAGAGCCGACUACAGCAGGAGCUGCGGGAGCGCAUGGCGGUGGAAGAUCACCUGAAGACAGAGGAGGAGUUGUCAGAGGAAAAGAAGAUCCUGAAUGAGAUGCUGGAAGUGGUAGAGCAGAGAGACUCUCUGGUGGCCCUGCUGGAGGAGCAGCGGCUCCGGGAAAAAGAGGAGGACAAGGACCUGGAAGCCGCCAUGCUGUCAAAGGGCUUCAGCCUGAACUGGUCCUGAUCUCUAGCAGGUGCACUGGCGUGUGUUGGCACCUGCCUGCCAGCCUACUUUCUCCCAAGCCCCCGGAUCCAACAUCCGAGGAGGUUGGCGCUGCCUGGGAGUCCACACUCAGAGGGCCGUGUUCUUGCGUGCCGUGCCAUGGGAAAGCCCCAGGCUACAGUGAUUAUCUGAGGUGACUCCGCCUCCUGGGAAGAGGCCCACUGGGACUUCCCGCUAAAGAGGGGGAAACUGCACGGUCCUAAGGGUGCUGCCUGGCGCACCUUCCUUUUGCUGCCAUAUUUGGUAAGGGAAGGAAACUGCUCCCUCUCUUCAAUGCCACAAUAGCCACGGAGAGCACCCCGCAGAGCAGGGCAGCUGUUGUCUUCACACUUCCUGAAGCACCACCAAAGAAAGGAAAAGACACCCCACAAAAGCAAGUUCUAGAGACCCACAAGAGAACAAGGCCGGCCACAAGGUGCCCAAGCCAGCAUCGCAGGGGGAGCAGAGGGGUGGCAGGCUCUGAAUUCAUUAUGCAAGUUAAGAGGAUGCAAGAGGGGGCACCCCCAGCCCCAGUGCCGCACAUUGGGCCUCAGGUGGCCAAACACCCUUGGCCUCUGCUCUCAUUGGCCGCAGCCUGAGGCCUAUGGACUGCUGCAUUUGCUUUUUGUUCACAACCAUUUUGACACUGGAAAGUACUGAAUUUGGGGGCUGGGGGAGGCCCUACACGUCAAGCCCCCUGCUGACAGGCGUUGUCGUUGUCGUUGUUCAGCACUUCCCAUGGGCAGGAGGUUACCUUCUCCCUGGGUAUUCUUCCUGCAUUUGCACAUUGAAAAGAAGCUGACAACCUGGCAAGAUCCUCAGCCACUUCGGACCCUUUCGUCAAUUAACUUAUUUUUUUAAUACUUGAAAAGAAGCAACUUCAUUUUUAUAUCCUUACUAGAGACACUGAUCACCUGGCACCUGUGUGUAGGAGUGACAGAGGUCUCAGCAAUGUCCCACACAUAGCCUGAUUCGGGACUGACUGACUGCUUGUUACAUGCAUCUAUUUAUUAGCUUCUUCAUAGUGUUACUGACCUGGUUGGCAUCAGGGAGUAGCUCGAGGCCCUCUGGGCCCUUGCUCACAGCUUUUCUGUCCCCUCCAGUACCUGUCGCCCGUCCCACCCACCCACUCACCAGCCUUCCCUCGCUAUGACACUGGGCUUCUACAUCUGAAUCGUUUGCUUGUCAGAGCUGCACCUCAGCACUGCUGGGGGUAAGCGGAGAGGCAGAGAUGCCACUCUCCUCUCUCCCUGUUGGGAUGCUUCUCUUGGUUUUGGUGCCAGGGUGCCACCACCCUGUGUGGGUGUGUUAAAGCUUGGGCAUAAGCUCCCUCGGGCUGGCAAGACCCUGUAGGGUGGGACCAUGGACUCAGUCUGGCCCAAGGGUCAGCCAGAUGGGAGCAUGACUACUGCCCUGCGCGUUGGGAUUUAGGCUGCUCUAAGGCAAACAGGGUUGACUCCAGCCCUCUCUCCCCUCCCUGUACUAGGAUCUCCUUGGGGCAGCAAGGGCUAAUGAGAACCGUGUAACCAGCUCCAUAAGCCAAGCUAUUCAUUCUCAUGGUUCAGCCAGAGACUAGCUGUAUACAGCUUAUCUAAGCCACUGACUGAGAAAACUGGGGCAGAGAGGGGUGGGUGCUUAUCUGUCAAGAGAAUCAGCACAGGGUCAGCCCAGGGGUGUCAGUGCCAGGCCCAUCCAGGAGGGGGCACUGUGGCCACUCCUGGCAAUGGGCCAGGGGACGGUGCUGACCUGGACUUCCCAUGGAACCACACUGUGCCUCAACUUGAACAUUCAUCUAACUACGAAGGAGCAAACAACCUUUCUCUUCACUUUGUCUAAAAGCUGCCAUCUGUCCUGUGGAAACCUAGUUGUGCUGCUGUGAUCAUCGCAGCUCUGACUUCCUCGCAUCCUGUUUUCCAAUGAGGCAGUCUCCAUUUUUAUUCUCUUUUCCUAAAGGGGGAGAGGAGAGUAUUCUCCAUUCCAUCUUCAAACCCCCAUCUCCCAGUAAACAUUGGACUGCGGACAGGACCUUCAUUGCCUGUGUGGCCUUUUCCCUUACUCUCUCCCCUUCCUGCAAGCCCGGCAGAGCUGCCUCUGUCCCCAUUGUUCCACUAACCCCCCAGAACAAGGAAGCAGUUUCCAGAGUGACAGCAGCGAUAGUGCUGUACUUCACGUGACCUCACGUAGCAGAAGGCCCAGGUUUCCUCAGCCUCUUGCUGCUGCCCAGCCCUGGUCAGCCUUGACACCACUACAUCUUUCCAAAGCACAUGCUGCUGCCUGCAGUCACUUUCAAGGGGGCCAAAGACUACAGAGAGGCCUCAUAAAUCCACCAGCCAGCCAGAUGUCCCCCAGCUGUUCACUCCCGAAAGUGUUAGGACUUCAGGUUCUUGGAGAGCACUUUUUCUUUUUAAAGCUUCCAGUUUGUAACCACUAGUUGAUUUCAGUACUCUGGUGACUUGCUACAUGAAAUGUUUUCCAUCUCUGGAAAUGCAUGCAGCUCCAGCCAAGUUUUCUUCCCAAGAAUUAAGUUUGUCCCUGAAGGCAAGGAAGCAGAGUCUAUAUACAUGUAGACACACAUAUAAAAGCCAGAGUCCAUUGGAGUGAGCCCAGACACAAGGCUGAGUGCAGUGGGGAUCCACAGUUGGCACCCUGGGGAACAGGCAGAAGCAGCUUCCGAGCCCAAGCCUGAGGCCAACCAAUAGCUCCACAUAAGAUUCUAACCCUGCUCAGUCAAUAUCUUUGGGUCUUUGCCCCCAGCAGCCUCCCCAAGCUGAUUUUGACCAGGAGUCCAAGGAGAAUUUGAUAAAAAGUUUAGGGUCUGGGGGUAUAGCUCAGUGGUAAGAGUGUAUGCUUAGCAUGCACCAAGCUCUGGGUUCCAUCCCAACACUGCCAAAAAAAAAAAAAAAAAGGGUGGUAACAUCUGAACAUCCAACCCACAAAGGAGAAUGGUCCAUUUUAUGCGCAAUAAAAAUGUUUAAAGAAA